AAUUCUUCUUUGACCAAAUGGAUGUUGGAGCUGGUGACUCACCUCGAGAGACCAGGCAGAGGUCAGAACUCGCAGAAGUUCCCUUGAAGAACAAGGGCGUUGGCAGUAACGAAGUCAAAACUAGUGAAAAAGAAAUGGAUAAGACUGACAUGCAGGGUAGAGAGUCUCUUUCCGAGAGUACAAAUAGUGGGUGGUCGUCUGAGUUGAACCGCAGUGUACUUGAAGAGAUGUCGAAAAGUCGAAAAAUUGAGUUGCUAUGCAAAACUUUGACACGUUGGAUAGGCUGUGGAGUGCUUCUGACUGCCAGUCUUUUACGUUUUAGUGUUCUUUCUCUUCCUUAUUUUCUGUUGUUCUUGUUUAGUUUCUUACACGUAACGAAGAGCUAUUUCCAGUACUAUGUGGCUCAAAAGAGUUCAAUAGUUUUACUUGGAAUGCUUAGUGUAUAUUCGUUUGGUUGUUUCAUUUUCGAAGUAGUAAUGGCAGCUUUGUUGGGAACCGGGAAAUACGUUCCCACGACAACAGCCUUACGGUCCUUAGAAUCCAUAGGGAUUGCUGACUUUCAAAAAAGUAUUGGCACAGGCCUGAGAGGUCUUUUACCAGACAUUUUCGUAUUCGUUUUUGCUGUUGCUUCACUUGGUGUCAACUGGUUCCUAUGGAAAAGUAUGACGAUUGUUCAUUCGACCUUGUCAUCAGAACAACGCAGUCCACGUAAUAUUUCCUUGCCUGUAAGCUCCUCAUUGGCUGAAAGAAGCUCUGAUAACUUAGGAGACUAUGUAUCCAGAAGAUUCUAUUCUAGUGUAACCGUUUUUGUUUUUUACUCUUUUCUUUUAUUAGUCUCAAUAACGUUUGCAAGCGUGGUUACUUGCAUUAUAAUGCUAUUUGUAGACCUUGUCCUACUAGCGUGGGCUCUAGGCCCUAUAACAUUUGCCAGAUGGAAGAACAGGCUUAUUGAAGAUGAGAGGUUGAAGGGAGCAAAUUAUUAUGAACGACGUUUACUAGCACAGGUUCCCCCGUCAUUUCCCGAUAAACUCAUAGGCAAAAUAUUGUCUGCAUUGUCUUUGAAGCAUAUGGAUUUGACUUUGUUGAAGAUACGAGUAACUCUUGUGAUUGACUUGUUUUUACUUGUCUACGUGACUGUUCUGUAUAUAUUUCAGUGGCCUUGGCUUUCUGGUGCAUUAUUGUCCAAUGUGUGUCGAGUUAUCGGUAUCGUUCCAUUAGGACAUAGUAAUGCACCACAGUGGCCGUACGAUCUGACCUUUGUUCUUGCAAUCUGUUGCUUUUGUACUGGUGGCUUAUUUAUUGAAGGAAAUUUGAUAAUCAUGAGCACGGUUUCAAAUGACAAUUCGAUUUCGGAGCGAACUACAUCGGAUCCACACGAUGUUGUAAGAGGUACUGCGGAAGAACAGGACCCAACGGAGCGUUUCUGGGAUCGCCUUUUUUUCAGUGAGAGCAAUGCGCUUUCAAUUGCAUAUCAAGUUGUCCCAUUCUUAUCGAAUCUUAGCAUUGUUAUUUGGGCGCUAGUCUUUCCUGGUGCACUUUCGACGGUUCUUCUUGUAGUUGCCGGUUUCUAUUUUUUGUUUCCUAACUUAAUCAACAGAACAAAGUGGCUGGUCUUAAUGUAUAUGAUGUGUAUCGUUGUGGCUACCAAUCUCUACAAUGCUGUUCCCACUGCAGACAUAAGCAUAGAUUCUCAGAAACAGGCCCUAGAAGCCGGACUAAAACGUGCAGAUACUACUAUAUGGGUAAUGGCAAUCGAAAUGUUUUCAGUUGUUCUUGUGGUUUUGGCAGUGCGUUUAUAUCACCAAGUUGGGCGUCGAAGAGCGUUUUUGAACAGCGAAUUAAGACGGCAUGCUAGAAGUGAGAGUUCAGAAGUAGUAUCAUCUGCUUUCCCGUUGCGUUUUUCAAAAUGGACGAAAUUUUUUGUAGAAGACGUUUUGCUUGAUCAAGUUGGACUCAAAGAGGGUCGUUUCAUAGAUUGGAGAGAUAGUCAAGAUGCAGAUUCCAUUUUGGUCUUUUUAGUAUGGUUUGCUGUUCCUUUAGAAGCUUGUGCCAUGAUUUCAUUAUUUGCUUCAGCUGGUGUUAUUGUAAAUGCUGUUGAUAGUGUCUUUCUUAUCAUUCUUGGAAUUGCAGGAUUAUUAUACUUAUUACCGGUAUCGAGGUUCCAGAAAUGGCUUCGUUUGAUUUCUUGGAAUCUUGCUUUGUUCUACCAAAUAGUUGUCUUGGUCAUGAAUGGAUGUAUUUGUCGCUUUAUGAGUGGAGGAGCACACUGUCAUAUAUCAGGAGGUAUUAAUGGCAGUGAAUUAUCUGCCUUGUUUGCAUAUGUGGUGUUCCUUUGUAUCGGUAGUUUGCAGGUGUUAAGUGUGAGAAUGCGAUAUCUAAAAAAGUUCUGUCGAACUCACUCUCUUGAAUCCUCGAAUGGCAUAACAGUCAUUUCCGGAGAGAAUUCUUACCAUCAGACUUUUGGAGAUUCAAAGCUUCCAUAUGCACUCUCCGUUAUCAAUGAGUUUUUCCGUUUUUCAUGGCUGUAUAUUUGCUACAUUCUUCUGAUAGCAGAUGCGUUGCUUUUUCCAGGAAACUAUCUUGCCUUUGCCUAUCUGCUGAUGGCAUUUAUUUUACUUGUUAUCGAGAUGGUAAUUUCCGUUCGCGUCGAACCUCGACAAGUUGUAAGACGAGUCUGGUUUGUUAUUGUUCUAUUUUCGGCAGCUAUUGUCGCCUUGCGUUACAUUGUGCGUUUCCGUUCCAUUUAUCUGAGUCUUAGUCCAGACACUGCUCAUGCCGUAAUAAGAGCUGGUAUUGAUGCUGGUAUUGGCUUUCAAAUCGGGGAUGUCAUCGUCUUUAUUGCAUGUGUGUUGCAAGCAAGAUUAUUUGGAAAGCAUGACUCCGUUCAAAGCGUCUCCUUGAGAAAAAGAUUGAUGAGUGACUCAUCGCGUAAACACGGAUUUGUCCUGAGAGUUCUGUCUGUUUUAACUUCCUUUAUAUCAACAUUGUUCAUUUGGAGUAGUAGGCUCGUUUUGGUUAUAAUGGUCCUUAUAUCUUCUAUUUGGUUGAGUGGCGUAUCUGCAUUAUCCUAUGUUUAUAUAUUUCUCUGCGUUAUCAUUCUUUUAUUUGAGAGCGAGGCCAAGUACAAUUACGUACUGGAACUCAAGAUGUCGUUGAAUAGUGCGAUAGAUAGAGCAUCUGAGAACGUGGAGGCAAGGGAUAGAACUUCAUCCACCUUUUCUGUUGGAAGACAUCAAAUUUUAAGCGGUAUAGUAUUUAGCAAGCAUGUGUCUUCCGUCUGGACAGCCACUUUGCUCGCGCUUUAUAGUUUUGCUGUUAUAUGUGUCCAACUGUUCUACAUUGUUUGGGUGUUUGAAGGACAUUCGAGGUGGAAUGCCGCCUAUUGGUUAGGGUUGGCUUCAGGUCCUCGUUCGGUACCAAUUGGUUCGAAAAGAAUGGCUGGAAACAUUCUUAUUCUGGUUUUCUCCGUUUUACAUCGGCUUGCACAGCGUAGGACACUAAAACAUAUUGAAGAAAAUGCAGAUCGAGAAGCAUCGGAUGAUGUGAGGAAGAAUCACAUUGGAGACUCAACUUUUUAUGGGACGAAUUCUAUGAUGGAGCCCGUUCAGGAUCAGACAGAUGUUGAAGAUAGAUCCUCUAGCACUGUCAAGUUUAUGACCAAGGCGUCUCAGUUAUUUUUUUCCUUGCAUCGUGUUUGGUUACGCAGCUGUAUUGACGUUACCUUUGUCUAUUUGAUGAUGUCAGCCGUGAUUGUGAGAACCAUUGUCUCUCUUAUUUACACUUUACUUGUUGCAUUGCUUCUAGUCCCCAGUAAUCGCUGGACUACACGUCGCUUUUUCUGGUUUCCAGCCUGGGUUCUUAGUGUACUUUUGAUCAUUCAAUAUGCUGUUAGCUUAGGGUUGUGGCCUCCAGAAAGUUAUAUUGUGCAUUGGCCAUGGUUAGACCUUAGCGUAACUUGGCAAAGAUGGUUUUUUGUCGAUGUUGGUUUUCGUGGAUAUGACUGGAGCCUUGCUUUGACUUUCGGAGGCUUGAUUUUGUGUGCUUUGGUACUUGACGUGGAAAGAGAGGAAAAGCUAAAGAAGAAAUUUGCUGUCGAAGAACAGAAUGACGAGCCAACUACGGCAGUGUUUCCUUUCUCUUCUGGAAACGUUCAAGCAGUUCGAUUUUUCCAAUUUUUUGGCUCAAUUGGAUUUGGUUACUUUGUUCUUACGUACACAUUUGCUGCAGCAACUAGUCUGCCUAAUGUAAUGACAUAUAUCUUUAUACUAUUCAUUUUUAUCGUUAUUUGGAAGUUUAAAUGGUUCGUGUUGCCGCCAUACUUUUUUUGGAGAGCUCUGUUGUUUUAUACAUUGUUUGUAUUAUUCGUAGAACUUUUGGUGCAAUUUCCUUUUUCGCUGGGUAAUCCGAGUACUAGUUGGGAAUCUAUUCUUGGCUGCUACAAAGCGUAUACAAAACAUGGAACACAAUUUUUCAUUCUUCUGCUUUUCUUGUUUACUUUUCUAUUGCUAGAGUGUCGUAUCAAUGAGAGCAUACAUAGCAGUAUUCUAAAGCCUGGAAUACAAAGGCUUCACAUGAAGCGUUUUUUACUUGCAAUGCAAGAUUAUACUGUUCGAUAUUUUCGAAAUAGAGAAUUGUUUCGAGUGUUAGAUGAAGACCGAGAAGCGCGUAAAACAAGAUUGCAUCGGAUAAAGGAAAUCAGAGCAAAUCGAGAGAAAAAGUUGAGAGAAGAGGAAAAUGUUUUGAAUCCAUUAGGAGAGGAGACCUUUGAAUUGGAUGAAAUGAAACUGAAAGAGGCGGAAACUGCCCAAAAAAAGAUGUCAAAUGAUGACGAGCUAUUUGCAAUGCAGCUUUCUGCACCGGAAGCUCCGGCACCUGGGGAAGUCACUGACGCCUUACAAGGAGGUGUAAGUCAAUGGAGAUCUAUUAAAGAGUUUGCCAGUCAAACAGCGUCAACGCUGCGUUCUGGUGCAGCGACUAGAUCAGUGUUAUCGAGAAACUCAUUGUCACGUCCAAGUAUGUCUGUUAGAGACUCAGUACCUUUGUCGACGAGAAUUCAACAAGUGGAGAUAAAUUCUGUCGGUGGACCACAGUCUCCAGUAUAUAGAGCUUUGCAUGAAAGAUCACCCCAAAUCCCAGAAGAUGAUCCAAGAUAUUCGCCAUCGAAAGUUCAAGACACAAACCCUCGCGAGAAGCCAAAAUUGUUUCGAAUGGCUUCUACAGAAGCAGCUAAUGACAAUACUUCUGUUGGCUAUGGCUAUGUGGAUUUCUCGGCUCUGGACUCUACAAACGAAUGUGACCAAGGUGUCGGUUCAGUAGUGAAGAAGUUAAGUCUUGAUGACUCGGUUGCAGGUGGCAAAGAACGGGAUAUGGAUGGAAUAGACUUUAUGACUGAUACUGAAACGACGCCAGUUUGGCUACAAAGUCCAUUUAUAUCCUGGCUUAAAUUUCUGGUUGGUUUUUUAUUUAUUCACUCCGAUUGGGUGGUUUAUUUCUUCAUGGUUUUUGCCUUUUUGAUGAACCGGACUUUGCUUACUUUUGUUUAUGUCAUGUAUUUAUUCUUGUUCCUAUUUGUUGAGUGGCCUCGCCCCAGAAGAAUUGCCUGGAUGUGUCUGUUGACAUACACUGAAGCUGUCAUUGUUUUCAAAUUGGUAGUGCUCUUGCCAGCCUUGGCGAAUCCUAGUAUUGGCGUUGCAGCUAGCAGUUGUGGUGGUGUACAUUAUUUCUACAUAGCCAAUAGCAAAAUCAAUACUGUUACUAUUUGUACCUUAGGCACUGGUGUGUUUUUUGACGUUCUUAUUUUGUUUUCUACACUUUUACGUCGCCUUUAUUUAUGGUCACAAGGCUUAUGGGAUGUUGACGUAUCAAUAGAAGAGAUAACAAACAAUGAUUCCAGUUGUGUUGAGGGAGAUUCGAAGACAGAAGUUGCCAAAAAUGGUUCUCGUCAUACUGGCCUGUUUUCUAAAGUUCUGCAUCCUUUCAAGGCAUCGGAACAAGCAGAACAACCCAAGGACGAAGCUAUAUUUAUGAGUGACAAUGUCGUAAAUGCUGCUCUACGCGAAGGGAUUUUUCUACAGCAAGAUGUUUCACAGCAGAAUGGAAAUGACGUGAUAUCCAGUAACUACACAGCAACUGCGACGUCCUCUGUUGGGAACGGUCCUUAUAUUUUAGCCCAAAACAUUUCUGCCAACGCUCGAGCUUCUUUGAAAGUUGCCAAGAUUUGUUUUGGCACACUAGCACCACGUCGUAAGAUAGAGUACCAGGAAAGAAAAACAAAUGAAAAUGGAAAGUCAAAAAGAGAAAGAAAAUUGCCAAGCCCAUUUCUUUUUACUAUUCAAGAUUCAGAUGGAUUUUAUAUGCGUUCUGAAGUUUGGAUCGAAUUUACUGAAGUUGUAUCUACCGAAACUGCAAAGGAAAAUGAAAUAUUGCAGAAAGAAAGUGUAGAAGAGAUUGUACCAGAAGAUAGACAACAAGAAUCAAGCUCUUCGAGUCAUUCUCAUUCAACUUUCUCCUAUAGUCAAUUCGACCUCAAAGACUCGAUCAAAUUUGAAACGGAGGGAAAGAUUGCAGAAAUGCAACAGCCGAAGAACAAAGCUGCCGAGAAACUUCGAAAGUUAAUGCCUUCAUUUAUAUUUCAAUAUUUUCAACGUAUUUUAUGUACUGAUGGCGUAAAACCCGGUGCGGACUAUUACUUGUUGUCAUUUACAGUUGAUUUCAUUUGCCUACUCUUUGUGACAACUUACCCUUAUGGAAGACUCAUGUUUGCUCCUGCUGAUGCUCGAGUGGCUGUAACUGAGACAGCCUGGUGGUCGACGAAUCUCAUGUCCCUUAAGCAGAUUCUUACAUUAUUGGCAUUGUUUGCAGGCUUAAUAAUGGAACGUAUAUUCUAUCUUCGAAGACUUAUGUUGGGAAAGUUAAUUUUGUACUACGCCAACGUAAUUGUGUUUCAUUUAGUCAUAUUUGUGAUUGGAGACUUCGAUCAAAGAGCCACUCUGAUCGUAUUUUAUGUGUUGAAGCUCAUCUCUUUUGUGCUUGGAGGGCUUCAGGUUCGAGAAGGCUUUCCUCCCUAUACACAUGGCCAAUUUCUUUUAAGAAGAUUCUCUGCAUGGGGAAUGUUUUUCUUUAAUCUUUAUUAUAUGACACCUUUUUUAUACGAGCUUAGAACUAUCCUUGACUGGACUAUGAUUCCAACCAGCAUGGAAUGUUUUGAUUGGAUGAAAUAUUCCGACAUUUGGAUUUCUCUCUACAGAAACAAAGCAAUGAAUAAUAAUCGUGCAUGGCAAAAGAGAUGGUUGGGAAAGAAGAGAAUUGCGUCGGUAAAAUUCUGGUUGGGAGCUAUGCUUGUUUUACUGCUUUCAUUUUUGCUUUGGAUACCAUUUAUUGUGUUUAGUGCGAUUAAUCCCUUCGAAGCCUAUCAGCCAAUAGAAAAUGGUCGUCUCUCAGUUUCGUUGUCUUCUGGAUCCCAAUUGGAACUUUACCAAAGUGUAAUUGUUUCUCCGUCAAUUGCGACUAGUGCCGAAAGAAGUUUUGCUUCGAAUUUAGACGUGAGCUUGCUGGCAGAUACAAAUCAAGGAAAAACGUACUGGCUAGAAUUCGGAGUGGAUUCCAAUCAAAUUUGGCAGCCUCCCGUGCAUCGUAUUACAACAUUGGAAAGUCAACUGCUAUCUGGUCAGAUUCAACUUCUAGCAGCUCUGUCCAUAGAGAGUGGUGGUGGAUACACCUAUCAAUACGUUUCAAGUUCUGUUUUAAAUGUUACCGAAAGAACCAGUUUAUCCGAUUCGCUCCAUUCAAAGAAUACUUAUGGCAUUCACGUUCCAUCCUUUUUGCCAAGAUAUCUUGCAGUAGAUUCGACUACGUCUUCCUCAGGUCUUUCUGUUUUAGGAAAUGGAAACGAGAAUGCCUGCAUUAAGGUCGUAUUUGAAAAUGUCACUCGUGAAGGAGUUUUGAGCAAUGGUACAUCUUUUGUGUGGAAUGAAACACAAACAUAUUGGCAAGUUGCAUCUUGUAAUGCAUCAGGAGUGGAUUGUUUCAAAUGUUCCAAUGGCAUUUCAUUGAAAGAUGAAAGUCAAACUAGUGGCUCAGGAGCCUCUUUUCUUAUCACGGGGUAUGUUGUGUUUGUGCGCUCGGGUUCCUCAGGCGGUGUCUUGGGCAAGUUUGCAGCUGGAGGUAUACUUGCCUUGGUAGUAUAUAUUUUCUUCUCUAUUGGCGGCAUGGUUCGUCGCAUGUUCGAAAACGAGAAGAUUGAAAUUCCAUAUUAUUACAUGCCAUUUACAGAUAAUUUGUUAUCUCUGGUAUACGAUAUCAUUCGUGCUCGACAAGAUGGUGACUUGGCGAUGGAAGAGUUCCUGUUUUGGGAACUGAUAGAUCUAUAUCGCUCACAAGAGCGACUAGUGAAAUGGUCUGGUGAAAGGCAACUGUACCCAGAGUUUGAGUGGUGGCUUCCACCAUUCCGACUUCAACGAUGGACUAUGUAUAAGCAGGUUGACAAUUAAUAAAACAUAAUAGAGUUGUAGCAGCUAAUACAUUCCAAUCAUAGUGUCAUUCUUCAUAAUCGCAGUUAUAAUAUAGAACAUUCACCACCG